UGAAUACGUCAUCAGUUGACAGAUUGUGAUGGCGGAUGUGGCUGAAGUAGACGCCAUGAAGAAUUUCAACGGAGGUUUCGAAAAAAUAGAUAAAGAAAUGAGCCGUUAUCCGUAUUGUAUUGUUUGGACACCAAUUCCAGUCCUAACAUGGUUUCUGCCUUUCAUUGGUCACAUGGGGAUCUGCACUUCCAGUGGGAUCAUUCGAGAUUUUGCAGGACCUUAUUUUGUUUCUGAAGACAACAUGGCCUUUGGGAGACCAACAAAGUACUGGAAGCUGGACAUCAACAAGGUGUACAGUGGAGGCGCCAAUGCCUGGGACAUGGCAGUGAACGACGCCUCAGAGGAGUACAAACACAGAAUGCACAACCUGUGUUGUGACAACUGCCAUUCCCAUGUGGCCAUGGCCCUAAAUUUAAUGCGCUACAACAACAGCUCAUCUUGGAACAUGGUCAAGCUCUGUUUGCUCACGCUCAUCCACAGCAAACAUGUCAGCUUUGUGGGGUUCCUGAAGACUUGGCUGCCCUUCCUGAUGCUGACCGGAGUGGUCGUCACCAUCGCCUUGGCUUUCAACCUGCGGUAACUGAGACACAGGAAGCUGGCGUGGGGACGGAAUCACACGCACAACGGAAUUCGGGACUGCUUCAGAGAAGCAAGAACACAGGACUUGUACAGUAAUAACAGGCCGAUAGGCAGAAUGAUCACUGAUUGUGAAUCCACAAUGCUUCCAUUUGAACUCUUCUUUAUGCUGGAUCUCUGCUGUUGUAGACUGUACGUUGAUGAUUGACUGAGUGCCACUGUCUCCUGCACUCUGGAGAACACUACUGAGCAUUUCAGAUGUGGAUGCGGGGCACCCCGACUGUAUCCACAAUUCCACAGUGGCCAUUCCACAUGCGCUUGUUCAGGGUUGGUAAAAUACUGGCUUUUCAGACAUGCUGUAAUCUGUGUAUUAUAUCCACAAGCACUUAUGGUUAAAUGCAAUUCCAUCUUUUCAUAUUUGAGCAGUAGUUGUUAUUGGUGCCCAUUCGCCCUUGGUGUAAUCAGGACCUCCACUGGCUUCAAUUCUCAGUCUUUUCAUUCAUUUUAGGUUCAUGGAAAGCACUACAGGGACUUUUUAAAAGAGAUUGUAUUUUGUUUAUUCAUGUUUUUUACUGACUUACAUAAGGAUGCAUGAUUGAAAGCCUUGUUUUACUGUGAUGUUAACGCUAUGCUGUAUAUAAGGAUGAAAAUAAACAAUAAUAUGAUAUGUAAAA